CUGCACCCUACACAGAAAUUACAAGAGAGCCUCUCCCAACAAAUCAACUCUUAACUUCUUGACUUCACCAUGGGGAACUUAGCUGCCUGCUGCCGAAGCUUCUGGUGCAAGCCCAAAAACCCUGAUGUCCGGAUCAGUCUGCCUGUGGUCUGCUUCCUGUGGCAGAUUGCCAUGAUCAUCCUGUUUGGACUGUUUGUGCGUUAUAAUGAUGAGUCGGAUGCACACUGGUCUGACUACAAGCAUGCGAAAAACAUCACGAGUGACAUCGAGAACGACUUCUACUACAGAUACCCAAGUUUUCAGGAUGUGCAUGUGAUGAUCUUUGUGGGUUUUGGCUUUCUCAUGACCUUCCUGAAGCGCUACAGCUUCGGCGGGGUCGGAUUCAACUUCCUCAUUGCUGCCUUCGGUCUGCAGUGGGCUCUUCUCAUGCAGGGCUGGUUUCACUCUCUGGACCCAGCUGAUGGCCUAAUCAAGAUUGGAAUUGAGAAUAUCAUCAAUGCUGACUUCUGUGUAGCUGGAUGUCUGAUUGCUUAUGGAGCUCUGCUGGGGAAAGUCAGCCCAGUGCAGCUGAUGGUGUUGACACUAUUUGGCAUUACACUGUUUGCAGUUGAGGAAUACAUCAUUCUUAAUAUUCUCCAUGUUCGGGAUGCCGGCGGAUCUAUGGUCAUCCACACUUUCGGAGCAUAUUAUGGUCUGACAAUAUCGUGGAUUCUUUAUCGACCGAAACUAGACCAAAGCAAGAAUCUGAACGGAUCUGCCUACCACUCUGAUGUCUUUGCUAUGAUUGGCACCCUCUUCCUCUGGAUGUUCUGGCCCAGUUUCAACUCUGCCAUCGCAGAUCAUGGAGACGGACAACAUCGGGCCGCCAUAAACACCUACCUUUCUCUAGCUGCUUCAGUCCUUACUACAUUUGCCAUAUCAAGCCUUUCAGCCAAAAAGGGAAAACUGGACAUGGUGCAUAUACAGAAUGCAACUCUGGCUGGGGGAGUCGCCAUGGGAACAGCGGCUGAAUUUAUGAUAUCACCAUACGGUUCUCUCAUCGUGGGCUUCAUCUGCGGGAUACUCUCCACAUUUGGCUACCUGGUGAUCACUCCCUUCAUGGAGAAGUACCUGAAGAUUCAAGACACAUGUGGCGUCCAUAACCUGCAUGCCAUGCCCGGCAUCCUGGGAGCAGUCGUGGGUGCCAUCACAGCAGCUACUGCCAGUGAGAGCGUCUACGGGCAUGAAGGGUUGAUAAACACCUUUGAUUUUGAAGGGCAAUUCGCUAAGAGGACGCCUGCCAUGCAGGGAGGCUUCCAGGCCGCCGGUCUUUGUGUUGCUCUUGCUUUUGGAAUCGUAGGUGGAGCUGUUGUAGGUUUUAUUCUGAGACUGCCGUGCUGCUGGGGAGACCCGGCUGAUGAAAACUGCUUCGAUGAUGAGUUGUACUGGGAGUUGCCUGAGGAUGAAGAGAGCAUCCCUCCCAUUCUAGAGUUCAACAGCCACAUGGUCGGCAAAAAUAGAGACAUGAUGUCAGAGUCUAACUUCACUGUUGAACGGAGCUAAUGCAAAAUGUCUGUAUGACAAAAGAGGAAACACAUCACAUCAUAUUGGGCCCAAAAAAUGAAAAGACAGAAUGAAUGUUCAGACCAAGUCUGCUCUGAAGAGAAUAUAGUACCUGUAAUACCUUUGUGAGGUAUUUGGCCUGCCUAAUAGAGCACAGGCCCAGUCGGGUCAGCUCUUAGUUCAAUUUCAUGUCUUUAGAGUCCUGGAAUUAAUCGGAUCAAUAAGUUUAUGCAUAUAUCAUUUCUAAAACUAAAGCAUGUAUAUUAUAUAAUCCAACUGUACUACUAGUUCUAGGCUUAAACUGCAUUUAGUUUCAAUCAUUCUGGAAAAGAAUGAAAUAAUUUUUGCACUCUGUCAAGUUUGCUGCUGUGAUAAUGAACUGACUAAAGAAUAUUAUAGUUUUGAUAUUAUGAAUGUUUUAGUUAUUUAUCUAGCUUAUUUCAAGUGUCCAGUGAUG